AUGGAUCAUUCCUCCUUGCCCGAUGGUCUGGGAGAACCCUCGCCAGUUUCCUUCGAGCUCUGGUUGAGGAGGUGCGGCUUCCAAGAAACCCUUUGCGACCUCUUUAAGCGCCACGCAAUAGACGGCGAGAGUUUCGGUCUGCUCAACGAGAAUGAUCUCCGCGAAAUGGGUAUCGAUCAGAUCGGCUUACGCAAGCGCAUUCUAUUUCUCAUUGAUCAAUGGCGCGGCUACGUGAAACACCAGAGGUCUCUACCCCCUGACGAACUCCCCUCUUUAAUCGGGCCUACCAACGACCUGACGGUAUCGACAGUGGCCCGCCCUUUCUCUACAGAAUCCAGGAUCAGGACAAAAUCUGACCAGACCUUCAAUUCGGUUGGCCUAUCCAGAGGCUCCGCUGUCCACCGACGCCUACCUUCUCAAAGCGAGUCAUAUUCUGUCUGCGAGACCAAUCCCAAACUUUGGAAGGUCGCUGUGAGCGCUCUGUACGCCAUGCUUGCCCUCUGUUUCACCUCUUUUGUUAUGGUCCUCGUGCACGAACGUCUUCCCGAUAUGUCCAAGUACCCCCCUCUGCCAGACAUCUUACUCGACAACCUGCCUUACAUUCCCUGGGCCUUUGAGGCCGCUGAGGUUGUGGCUGUUGCCCUGCUGGCCGUAUGGCUUGUUGUUCUGGUUUUUCAUCGACAUCGCUUCAUCCUCCUGCGGCGCUACUGUUCGCUCCUGGGGACAGUUUUUCUGCUGCGCAGUGUCACUAUGUUUAUCACCUCGCUCAGUGCGCCGGGUCGCCACUUGUCUACCGAAUGUAGGCCCUUUGUCUUCCACUCCUUCAGCGAGCGUUUGCUUCGCGCUGCGGAGAUCUUUCUGGGUCUUGGUAUGACCUUGCGUGGCGUUCGUACUUGUGGGGACUACAUCUUCAGUGGACAUACCGCGGUAAUUACGAUGCUCAACUUCUUCAUAACUGAGUACACACCCCCGAGCUUCCACCAACUUCACACCUUUACUUGGAUUCUCAACGUAUUUGGUAUCUUCUUCAUUUUGGCCGCGCAUGAACACUACUCCAUCGACGUGUUCGUUGCGGUGUACAUAACCUCACGUCUCUUCUUGUACUAUCACUGGUUGGCAAACAAUCAUUUUCUCAUGCGCCAGGACAAGCAGAGAGCCAGGAUCUGGUUCCCCCUCUUCACAUUCUUUGAGUCAGAGGCCCGGGGCUCUGUUCCCCCUGAAUUCUCCAACCCAUUUCGGGGCCUCUUUCAAUUUCUGAAGUGUCAUCUUCUCCCCCGUCAUAUUUCGCGUAUUCUGAUUCCACCCCGAGGACCAUGUUAUUUUCACGAGAAGGUCAAUUGA